CUAGUAUUACGAUCUCGUGAAAAUAUUUAUUUUAAUUAUUAAAAGUAUCUAAUUGUAGUGAUAGUUGCUAGUGCCUAGAAAUGUAAAAAUCAUAUCCUUGGAAGUACUGGGUUCAAGUCGGAAGCAAGGCGUGAAUGUGUUUCUAAUCAACAUUUUAUGGAACUAUAAAUUGACUUGUGUUCCGAUUAACAUUAUACUAUACUCUUCCUAUAAUUGAGUCACAGGAAACAAGUAGUAACGAAGCCUUCAUAGACUAUGAUGCUAAAUAGCUAUGUUUAAUAAUAUAUAAUAAACUGAAUACAAAAAACUGGAACCUACUUUUUUUGUAUCACAUAUUGCUAGAAUAUUUUAAAUAUGCACUUAUUGCAAUUUAGAAAUCAUCUAUCGUAUUCUAAAAUAGUCGACUUACGAUAUUUAAUUUAAAACAAAAAUGUUGAUAGCUAUAAAAGUGCAUCUAAAACACAUAUUACAUAAAUAAUUCACAUACACUGACGUGUAAUGUAGUGUAAAUGAUUCAAAUCCUAGAUAUGGAAUUCUAACCACGUCCAUUUUCAUCUGACGUUUAAAAACAUUUGUUUUUCUACCUGGCUCGAGUACUGAAUCAUAUUCGGUACUCUCUUUUCAAAUCGUAGAAAUGUGGGUUUCUCUUUAUCUAUUGUAAACUCUAAAUGUUUCCGUGGCAAAUUAACGAACACAGUUUACCAUUGACGUUGACAAGAUCAUCACCGUCGACCAAUCAAAUCUCCACACGAAGUGUAUGUUGUUUUGUCGGUGAAAUUAACUUCUUAAUAAAAAUACGAUCUUAUAACGGGAACUGUCUUCUUUUCCAUUUGCUAGUCGUUUAGGCCAGUCCCCUUAAUUUCCAGGCUAGUGCCACGUUGUAUUUAACGCUGAUGUUAGCAAGUUUUUAAUUUCCAUUUUAUAGGGUUAAUAGGGGAAUUAUAAAAUACGGCAGUAUGUUUAAACUAAUCGGUUUCGUGUUUUUACUAUUCGUUGUUAAUAAAUCCGUUUUUUCUGAAGAUAUCACACUUGAUGAAGGAGUUUUGGUCCUGACGAAAAGUAAUUUCCAGGCAGCUAUCGGCGACAAUGAAUUUAUGCUGGUAGAGUUCUAUGCUCCAUGGUGUGGCCAUUGCAAAGCAUUGGCUCCAGAAUAUGCUAAGGCAGCCAAAUCUUUGGCAGACCAAGGGUCUGCAAUUAAAUUGGGUAAAGUUGAUGCCACCGAAGAGCAAGAACUGACAGAACAAUUUGGAAUCAGGGGUUAUCCCACUUUGAAGUUCUUCAGGAAAGGUUCUCCCACUGAAUAUUCAGGAGGAAGACAAGCCGACGACAUCGUCAACUGGCUGUUAAAAAAAACCGGUCCACCGGCCAAAGACGUUUCUUCCGUAGACGCUGCUAAAGAGUUUAUCGAUGCCAAUAACGUCGUCGUCCUCGGUUUCUUCAAAGAUCAAACCACCGAAGCCGCCAAAGCUUUCUUGGAAGUCGCCGCUUCCAUCGAUGACAUUCCAUUCGGAAUCACCGAUGACGAGCCAGUUUUCAAAGAGUACGAUGCUAAAGAUGAUUCCGUGGUUUUGUUCAAAAAGUUCGACGAAGGCAAAGUCGUUUACGAUGGCAAACCGGACGACGAAGCCGAACUCAAGAAAUUCGUUCAAUCCAACGCUCUUCCGCUUCUCGUCGAAUUCAACCACGAUACCGCUCAAAAGAUCUUCGGUGGCGAAAUCAAGAGCCAUCUACUUCUGUUCUUGAACAAGAACGACGAAUCGUACCAAAAAGUAUCGGACGCUGCCAGAUCUAUCGCCAAACCGUACAAAGAAAAGGUCCUGUUUGUCACCAUCGACGCCGAAGAGGAAGACCAUCAAAGAAUCCUCGAAUUCUUCGGCAUGAGCAAGAAGGAAGUACCGGCCGCGCGUUUGAUCAAAUUGGAAGAAGACAUGGCCAAGUACAAGCCACCUACUGACGAUUUGACGGCCGAGAACCUCAAGCAGUUCGUCGACGAUUUCUUGGAAGGCAAAUUGAAGCAACAUCUUUUGAGCCAAGAGUUGCCCGAGGAUUGGGACAAGGAAGAUGUGAAGGUGCUGGUCGCCACUAACUUCGAUACCGUCGCAUUGGACACCAACAAAAACGUUCUGGUCGAGUUCUACGCGCCCUGGUGCGGCCAUUGCAAGCAACUCGUUCCCAUCUACGACAAAGUCGGCGAACACUUCAGAGACAACGCCGACGUCGUCAUCGCCAAAAUGGACGCGACCGUCAACGAGUUGGAGCACACCAAAGUGUCGAGCUUCCCUACCAUCAAGUUGUACACCAAGGGCGAGAACCAGGCUAUUGAAUACAACGGGCCUAGGACUUACGAGGGUUUGACCAAGUUCGUGGAGAGCGGUGGAAAAGAGGGUUCAGAUGCCGAGCCUGUCGAAGAGGAGGCUGAAGAUGAUGAUGCUACAAAGAAGGAUGAGUUGUAGGUUGUUUAAAGCGUAAUAAUUGAAAUUUUUAAAUUUAAAAUUUUUUAUACUA